AAAUUGCUGGCUCCCCGGCAGUGAAGUGGGGUCGUUUAAAGGGAAUUCCCUUGAUCGAUACUGGCAAGUGUUUAACCGUUGUAGUUAAAACUUUCUACCCGAGGAGAGUCGAUUCGUGACGUUCUCGUCACACGGAUUUUAAUACCAGAUUAUGCCGACUGGAAACAAGUCAUAGGUGAAAAGUCCACAAUAGUACACAGACGGGAACAACGUAUACUUAUUGUUACUCAACGUCUGACAUUUCACCAUGUUGUUCUCUUGGUGUUUUUAUCUUUAACUUGAACACAGCGUUUUCUGUACGGACCCUGUAACAGAGGAUUACUGUAUGUAUUGGGUAUAUAUACAGAUUUCCAACUGGACCAGAUAGGACACGGAAUGGCGGUCAGAAAUGGGCUCAAAACAGAUACAGUUGAUAUCCGAGAGGUAUUCCGACACGUGAGUCCUUACAUAAUCCGUCAGUGGAAGGAAGUAUGUCUGGAGUUAGGAGUUCAGCAACACGAGAUAAAACAGCUGGAGGCUACGGACUUCACUCCUUGUCCGUCCCAACUGGCUUUCAAGGGCCUAUGUCUGUGGUACGACCGAGUGGGGAGGGCGGCCAGCAGGGAGUGUCUGGGUGUGGCCCUCAAUAGAUGUGGUCUUAGGAGGGCUGAAGAGGAGAUCACAAACUUAGAGUCUAGGAAGCCGGAAAGGCCAACAUCAUCACGACCGACGUCAUCACGACCUACGUCCUCGGGUCUACACUCCCAUCGGACACAGUACGCAAGGCGUCUCAAGUCUGCUAACCUAGUCAGGAGACGUCAGCACCAACAGACAGGCGGUAUAGCCCGACCCAACACUCGGUGUAAGAGUGCGCGCAGUGGCAGCAAUCGUGCACGGUCGGCCAAGAAACGGGACAGCUACUCCGAGGAAAAGUCAUGCGAGAUCAGUCUGAAUAUGAAGAUAUCUCAAGUAUCGCUGGGAUCUGAGGACGAUACGGGCUCCCAACAGACCAAACGGGAUUUGGCCGAGCGCUUCUACGACGUCAUCAUACAAAAGAAGGAACAAUUCUGUUGGACGUUGGAGGCUGCUAUUGACAUUCGUGACGUCAAAGUCGAAACAAUUACCAGAGGGAGCAUGUGUGUUAAGUGCACGUGUUUGACACUUGGAGCAUUAGAGUCACUUAAUCAAAUGUUCAAAAGUCGACGUCUGUCGGCUGUUUGUCAAUCCGUGUUUGUCACGGAUCGUAUCCUGGAACUAGUAGGAGCCAAGUCAGUUAAACUGGAUGUUACCAUAGAUACGGACGAAUUGGACGCGUCACGAGAAGUGCUCUUGUCACGCAAGUUCAAAGAGUGUACAUUAGUCCAUCCAGCGGACACACUGACCACUCCAACAGAUUACCCUAGUCUUGACCACAUUCCGGUCACCGCUGAUGUGGUAGUGAUCGAGAAAGACUUUGAUGUUGUUGGCUGGCGCAUGCGCCUCAGUGCUGAGGUCGAGACAGUGCGUCAUCGAUACACAUGUUUCAAUGACUCAAUCGACCUCUUCAUCAGAACCCUGCAGAUUAUCAUGCCGAUUGGCAAAGUCGCCAUUGAAUCUCUUUCAGAUGUCAUCGGACUCUAUAGCCAUUUAGUCGGAAGUUCUUCGUUAUCUUCCGGUAUGCGGACUGAUCUGGUUCGAGAGUAUCUGUCGACUGUGAACAGUAUACGAAUUCUAGUAGACGACAUUAAGGCCAAAUCGUGUCAGGCCUCUACCGGGGACGAGAGUGACGAUGACUACCAGAUCAUGACGUGUUUGAUCAGUGAACUCCAGGACAUGCUUCUACCCAAACACGUGUUUGAGGAAGAUAUCAGUGUCCUUGACCGCAGGGUCAAUCCCGCGGAGAAGCCGUUCCUAGGGCUGAUAUGUUUUGUGCCACUACUUCUUGCCAAACUGUCGACCGUUCUCUAUACACUCAGCGCUCCCGAAGUAUCUAAAUAAAACUUGGUA